AUGGACUCUCAAGAUGAGGAAGCGGCGGCCAGCGCAAAGGCCGAGGCGGCGCAGCUGACCCGCGAGCAGAUCGCAAGGGAGGUCAAGCGGCGGCGCAACUUCGCCAUCAUUUCACAUCCAGAUGCUGGGAAGACCACCCUCACCGAGAAGCUGCUGCUGUUUGGAGGGGCCAUCCACGAGGCGGGGGAGGUCAAGGCGCGCGCCAACCGCCGCUCCGCCACGUCAGACUGGAUGGAGCUCGAGAAGGCGCGCGGCAUCUCCAUUACAUCGACGGCCAUGACCUUCUCAUACUCAGACAUGCAGAUCAACCUGCUGGACACGCCUGGUCACCAGGACUUUUCAGAGGACACUUACAGGACCCUGGCUGCUGCUGACAACGCGGUGAUGCUGGUGGAUGGCGCCAAGGGCAUUGAGGAGCAGACCCGCAAGCUCUUCGCGGUGGCGCGGCUCAGGGGCCUGCCGAUCUUCACGGUCGUAAACAAGAUGGACCGGCCUGCGCUCAACGGCUUUGAGAUCAUAGAGCAGCUGGAGAAGGAGUUUGGGCUCGCGUCGUUCCCAGUCACGUGGCCGAUCGGAUCAGGCGACCGAUUCUGCGGCCUCUACCACCGGCCCAGCCGCAAGGUCAUCCUGUACAAGAAGGGUCUGAGGGGGCGUGCGGCGACCAAGGAGACGUAUGACAUCAGCGACCCUGAGCUGGCGGGGCUGGUGGAGGGCGACCUGUACGAGCAGCUGCUGGAGGACGUGGAGCUGCUGGAGGUCCUGGGGGAUGAGCUGGACCAGGCUGAGGUGGCGGCGGGCAACGUCGCCCCCAUGUACUUCUGCUCGGCGUUCAACCAGUUCGGUGUUGACCUGUUUUUGGAGCACUUUACUGCUACUGCGGCGCCCCCCGGGCCCUCCAAAGCCAGCCUCGUCUUCAAGCUGCAGUCCAACAUGGACCCCCGCCACCGCGACAAGGUCGCCUUUGUGCGCGUCGUCAGUGGCAAGUUCUCAAAGGGCAUGAAGGUCAAGGUCGCCCGCACAGGCCGCACCGUCGCGCUGUCGCGCCCGCAGCGCAUGUUUGCCCAGGACCGCUCCACCGUGCAGGAGGGCUUCGCCGGUGACGUCAUCGGCCUCAGCAACCCGGGGGCGUUUGCCGUCGGGGACACCGUGUUUGCUGGCCCCGAGGUCGCGUUCCCUCCGAUCCCCUCGUUCAGCCCAGAGCUCUUCAGCUACAUGCGCUGCGCCCCCAACCAGCGCAAGGCGUUUGCAAAGGGCGUAGACGCGCUGCUGGGGGAGGGAGCCGUGCAGGUGCUGUACUCGACAGAUGAGUACAAGCAGGACCCCAUCCUGGCAGCUGUCGGGCAGCUGCAGUUCGAGGUGGUUCAGUUCAGGAUGAAGGACGAGUACGGCGUGGACACGACGCUCGAGCCGAUGCCGUACGCCAUCGCCCGCUGGGUCCGCGCCGGCUGGCCGGCCGUCGAGGCGGCGGGGCGGCUGUUCAACACGCUCACGGUCAAGGACAUGUGGGGGCGGCCGGUGCUGCUGUUCCGCAACGCGUUUGCGCUCAGCCAGGUGGAGGCUGAGCAGGGGGAGAAGCUGGGGGAGCUCAGCCCCUUCGCGCUGCCGCCAGACAGCUGA